GAUCAGGCGUCCGCGGCGAGCGCACGUCACGUAACUGCGGUUCAUAUUGUAAAACUUUUUACACUUAAUUUUGUUUUGAACUUAGUGUAGAGUGAGUAAAGUAUAUAGAUAUUGUGUUUUAUAACCGGUGCAAGUGGUUCGUGUGCGUUUUUAAUUCAAAAAACGAAAAUCUAUUUGGAUGUUUUUGAUUGUAAUGUGAAAUUGUUUUUCGGAGAUCAUCAGAAAUGAUCCAUGUGGACGAAACGGAUCCGGUGGGAGAAAUCGAACCACCUUUUCCCUGUCGAGAUGUCAGCAUUAAAAGGAGUACAGAUGUCAAUGAAUUUUACGAAAUGCUGUCCGAGAUCGGCAGGGGAAAAUUCGGAACAGUAUACCUCUGUCGCGAGAGAAGCACAGGAUUGGAACUUGCUGCAAAACUUGUGUCCGUCAGCAGAAGAGAUGAGAGACGGAACGUGGAACGUGAAGUGGACGUGAUGAGGAGACUGCGACACCCGAGGCUCAUACAGCUUUAUGAUGCUUACGAAUGGGGGAAAUACAUGUGUGUGGUCCUCGAACUCAUAACAGGCGGUGAGUUGUUUGAGCGUGUCAUUGAUGAGGACUUCGUGCUGACAGAGCGAGCAUGCACCGUGUUCAUGCGACAGAUAUGUGAAGGCAUCGAGUUCGUGCAUCGGCAGAAUAUCCUGCAUCUGGAUAUGAAGCCAGAAAACAUCCUCUGCCUAACAAAGCAGGGCAACCGCAUCAAGAUCAUAGACUUCGGUCUAGCCAGGUUCUACGACCCGGAGAAGAAACUCCAAGUACUGUUUGGCACGCCUGAGUUUGUGGCACCAGAGGUUGUGAACUUCGAUCAGAUUGGCUAUGGAACCGAUAUGUGGUCGGUUGGAGUCAUCUGUUAUGUUCUCCUAUCAGGUCUUUCACCGUUCAUGGGCGAGACAGACAUAGAGACAAUGGCUAACGUCACCGUCGCUAAAUACGAUUUCGACGAUGAAGCUUUCAACGAGAUCUCGGAAGACGCCAAGGACUUCAUCCAGAAGUUGCUCGUCAAGGACAAAGAGUCGCGGCCCAGCGCCACCGAGUGCCUCCGGCACGCGUGGCUGCAGCGCCGCGCGCCGCCCCCGCACGCCGCGCACAACGGACAGCUCCCCACACCGCACCCCGCACCGCGCACUCCCGUGCCUGAACCUAAGAACGCUCUCGACGUCGCCAAGGACAACCUGCGACUCUUCGUAGAGCGAUGGAGUGAACACCCUAACUCACCAUACGUAUUCGAUAACCAAGCGCAUGAAAUCACAAGCCUAGCAAACGGAAACUGUGAGAGAUCCUCUAUAGGAGGAUGCUCGCCUUCUCCUAGAAGUUCCCUGAGCAGCUCCCCUGAUGUAGUGUUUGAUGAAGACGACUUGGAACCACCACCGCUAAGAGAACACAAUUUCUUAUCUGCACCCAAAUACAAUCCCGUAGAAAGGCGAGCCUCUGACAGCACUUGCUUCCUGCACAAAAAACAGGACGUACUCGUUAGGAAAAACUUAGCAGAAGAAAUAAAGAAACUGUCUGACCACUUGUAUAUGUUGUCAACAAUGAACACUGAUCUCGCAAACAACAACAGUAUGAAGGAACUAGACAAAAACAUCACAGAAACAAAGUCAGUCAAAGAGGAGAAACUACCAAAUGGUUUUAAGAAAGAAACAAGGUAUACGAAGACUGUAACGAAUGGCGACGCGUCAGGUAAGGAAAAGAAACUAUUCACUUCAAAGUCAACCACAAAAAUAUCAUCGACAUUUUUAACGGAGAGGGAACCAGAGAAACCAAUGACGAGUAAAAUGCCCUGGGUGAAAACAAGUAGACCGAAACGAGUGACAAACCUGAGUAGAGACGUGCCGGACCAACCAGUAGACGUGCGGAACAGUUUCUUCCAGGAGUUCGACAGGAGACGAGAGAAGAUAGACAAAUUAGUGAAUGGUUCAGAUAACGGUCGACAAAUGCCUUACAGAAGAGGAGAUGAGAACAAUGCGCAUCGGACGAAAGACCUUCUUUUACAUCUUUUGGAAAAAUGGGGAGAGUCUGAGGAGGUGGAGGCAGAGAGGUCAGCUGGGGGCACUUCAAACGGAGGCAGACAUCAGUCAAUAUCCCUUGAGUGGUCUCCCUCUAACCAGUUGGGUCAAACCUCAAUGUCAAGCCUUCACGCAUUCUUUCAAAGACAGACUUCAGAUGAGAAGACGCAAAGGAAGAAAGUGACGACUAAUGUAGCGAAAUGAUUGAAGUUGUGAGACUAAAGUGCCAUGACACUAUGUUACCAAAGUACGGUAUGAGAUUAGUUUAUUUUCUUAUAAUAUAAGCCUAGCGCAUAUACAUGAACCUUGUUCUUACACAAACAUAUUUAGGGUCCUUAAACCAGUUUCAUCAGCCAAUGAGGGUAACCCGCUACCGGAACCACUAGUGAAACAUAAGAUCUUGUCCAAUGGACUAUUUGCAGCUGUCCAGCCAUUGGUCCGUAAACUUUUGGCAGCUACAAUGAUUGGAGGAAUAUUACCAUAGGCUUCGUUAACGCCACGUUAUUCCUCAUUGUAUUUGAAAGUAAAUGAAUGAAAGUAAGACGGUUAGUAAGUGCCUAUUGUGAUUGAAUGACGAAGUAAGUAUACGCUCUUAAACAUAACUUAUGUACGUAAAUAUCAUACGUACAAAAUAAGACUAGUCGUUGAAAAAAUCUUAUCGUGGCAGCUUUUCAUAGAUAGGAUGAAUGUUAUGAUGUUUGCAUACUGGCUUUUAAAAAUGUUAACUUUUCUUUUUUUUUUCUUCAGAUGAUUUGAUUUUCGAACGUUUUUACUAAUAUUUGUCAACAUUUUUAAAAGGCAGUGUGAUAGCACCCUUAGUCAUAAACUGAAAAAUCAAAUUGCUAGUCUAAGACCAAUUUUUGAAGUCAAAAUUAUUUAACCGGUCAUUUGAGUGAUUAAUUCAUAAUAAUAUCCAAUAUAUUUUUAUUCUGAAGAUUGUGAGCAUAGAGAAAAAGUAAUAUCACCCAAAAAAAACUUCAGAAAUAACGUCUAUUUUACUUUAUGGUUUUUAAAGGGUACAAAGUACUAAGAAAAUUCGUUUAUAUGUAUGCGCUAAGUCUUAAAAAGGCGAUUUUAAAUUAAAAUGACAAAUAAUAAAAAGGGAAACUAUCUAGUCUUCGAAAUUUUGUAAUUAAAUACAGAUUUUUAGACUCAAGACUGAGAGCGAAUUACGUCGAGAUACUUACUGAACACGUUUUGGUAAUUUAAAACUUUUUUAAUCUGUAAAUAAGACAUUUUUUUUAAAGUAGGUGGUAAUAAUAUACUUAAAUUAUGAUUGUUCCUUACUCUGUACUUAUGUAUAACUUAAUUAUAAUUUAUUGUUAUUACGAUACGUAUGUUGUUAAAUAUAAGGCUUUAUUAAAAGUUUUGAUGUUUUAUUUAUGGUCUAAAGGCGAGGCGAGCUGAAUGUAAGCAUUUCCAUCUGAGCGAUUUGGGCCGAACCAAGUCCUAUGUGGUUGUCUCAACUUGGCUAUACAAAAUUAUAGUUAUGCACUGCGGUAGAAAUGAACCCUUAAAAAAUACCACAAUCCAGUAAGAAAGUCUGCAUUCCAAGUCCAUGGGUAACGUUAAAAACAACAUUUUUGACUAGAUGCUAGUGCAGCUAAAAUUCCCUGCAUUUGCAGAUUCCAAGGGACGCCCUCGAAACUUGUCAAGUAUUCCUGUAAGA